AUGGAGGAGGACGACGAGAUGAACGAUUGCAUCAGUGAUAUCGGGUCCGACGACCUGGACAGUCUCUUGACCUACGACUCAGACAACAGCCUGGAUGAAGAUCUAGUCGAUGAUGAGAAUGAUGAUAAAGAGUGGGAGCAAGAGAGUGUGGCAUUCGAAACCCUGGAUCCAAAGGGCAUUAGCUACGACUCUGAUGAUGACGAUUGCAAGAGUGUUAUACACUAA